AGGUGGUACAUGUUCUGCAAACCGGAAGUGCUAUUGUUUGGCUUCGUAAGAUGUUGACCUUUGAGAGCGGCUGUGUAGUUAAUAUUCAUUACGUCAUUGGAAGCCGUACAAUUGAAGUACAUUGUAGGUAGGCCUACAAAUACCUGAGCAUUGAUCCUGAACUUUAAGCUGAAGUAUUAAAAACAAAAUGUCUUCUUCCAACACUGGUACGUCUCUCACUCCGGGUUCCGAUGCUUUCCUGGACUCACUUCUCUCUAUGGUCAAUCAGGAGGAUAUGAUCGCUAUCCUCAAGGCUCAGUCUCAGAUGCUGGACCGCUUUGAGAAGACCAACGAGAUGCUCUCCAACUUUAAUCGGCUCUCCUCCAAAAGAUACGAGAAGACAUUUGAGCAGUUCAAAGAGCACACAGAGACGCUUCUCACUAUGAAAAAAGAUCUGGAUUCUGUGUUCCGCAGGAUAAGAAACCUGAAAAAGAAGCUAGCUACAGAUUAUCCCCGAGCAUUUGUUGCUGCUCUUGAAGAUAUCGUCCCACCUGACUUGGAUGAAGAGGAAGAUGAGCCUCAGUCAAGAUUCCCACAUUCUCCAUCCAAUCAACCUCCACAUCAACCUCCUCAUCAACCUUUGAAACAUCCUGCUGCAUCGCCAAGGCAACAAGAACUUUAUCAACAGCCACAACAUGCACAGCAAUCGACUCAAGCUCAGCAACACCAUCCGCCACAGCAACAUCAAAAGCAGCAAUUACCACAGAAGCAGCUAUCCAUGGACAAAGUGGGAAGGCCAGAAUCAAAAGAACAGGCAUCAAAUUCUAAGCAUGGAAGUGAUGGGGACAAAUGACAGAUGUACAAAGAUAUUCCAAUUUAAUUUAAUCUGUGUCCAUUUCUGUGUUAGCCAAGUGAACUGUAUUGCCAUAUCAGGCCUAUUUACACAGCCCCAAAAUCAUUUUGAAAAACAUUGCUGAAUUUACACUACUGGAAAAAACAAUUAACAAAGAAACAACAAAUAAUAAAGAAAAUGUGUCGUUUGCUCCUUCUGGUAGUGCCGAUGCCCGACUUGUCGCUGCUCUCCAUGGAUUAGCAAGGAAGUGAGACGAGUCAUGUGACCAAAAUCUGGAAUCAUUCCACGAUGUUUGAGAGCGAGCAUUUACAAUGAAAUAAUCUGUAAAAACUUCUGCCGGCAUUAAAAAAAAAAAACACUCCAGGUGUGUUUUUCAAUAUGGGUUUUUUUUUGUCGUGUUUUAUGGUAGUUGCCUAGCAACUUCGGACAAAACACAGGAAUGUGAGAGAAAUCUACAAUUUUGGUUGCAAUGUUAAUGCAGCUUUUGAUGCCAUUCCAGCUUGUAAUCAUUGCAAAAUUUAUUGCUAAACGAUGAGUGUGGAAUGAAUUCUCUCUAUGGCCAUCCCAACAUUGGAAAGCAAUACCUGAACUUUAUGAACUAGGCACUGAAUAAAGGGGAUGGGAUAUCUCAAUGCUUGACACUAACUAUACUAUUUGGUUGUUGUUGUCGUUCCAUGGGAUUGAACGUGCGAUUCUCUCUUUAUUUCCACUUCUAAUCCCCCACCAUCCUCAUUAAUCAAACUAUUUGUCCUUCUGUAAGUUACAGAAACUGUCCCAAUUGUUGUUGUAGUAGAGUUUUGGAAACUAAGCUUGUUGUCUCUAUCUUCUGCACCUUAAAAAGGCUAAAGAGGGCCACUUGACCGUUUCAUUUGUCACCUUCUAAUCAUGUAUUCGUUGAUGAUAGCUUCACGAUGAUGGAUGUACAUUUGUCUACAUUUGUAAGGGAUUUACCCUAAUAUUUGGAUCGUAUGUUUAUACACCUUGCUAACUUUGGUUAAUAAAUGAAAUCUUUCCUGUAAACUUGCAUACAUGACUUUGAUAAUGUCACAGAUGUCCAAAAAUGUACGGUACUGAAAAUACGUUGUUUGGGAUACAUGGAUCCAAAAUGCUUCCAUUUCCAAGAAAUCUCCUGUGUAAUAAAUUUGUUUUUCUUAUGACAGCUUUUAAGCCUUUCGACUGUUAAGGCAACAUGAACAUGAGCCUUUGAGGAAGAAACUAUGCCAAAAGAGAAAUUAAUCAAACACUAAAACUUAACUUUCAGGGCCCAAAAUCAGGUCAAGUGCUUUAGAGGCUGUGGAAGGUUUUAGGGAAGGUGUUAGGAAGGUCCAACAUUCAGAUAUAUUUUUUAUAUAAUAUUCAUUGUAUCUGUAUAUAUGCCAAGAAUACCACAACCACCGUUUUUCAAUUAUUUUGUGAUCAUAUAUAUUCAUUAUCUAGACAGCCGUUUAUAUUUUGAGGAUUAUAUAUUUUUCUAUAAUUUAUGUAAGGUGCUGUUCUUGCCUUUUUUUUUUGUUAUUUACAUUCCUGUACAUUACAUAAAUGGUGUAAUUGUCUGAUUUGGCAGGAAAAUCUUGAUAAACAAUUACAAAACUUGAGAAUAUGUUUCUAUUUAUUCACUGCAGGUGAAUUCAAUAAUUGUGAUAACAAUCUAUCUAUGAGUAUGACACUUCAUUCUGAAAUCUCCCUUAAAGCCAGCCAGGCUAUGAUUAUACCGUUCCGUCUUUGAAAUUCGAAAAAGAUCUUUGUUACAGAAUUGUAGACAAUUUUCACAAAGAGCCUACAACAAAGCUUGUAUGACAGUACAAAGAUAGACUUCAGCAUCAUAACUGGGACAUAUGGUUUACAUUAGAGUUGUACCAAUUGAAUGAGUUAGUUUGUUCACAAUAAACCCCUGCCUCGAGAACCCAUCCUUACAGAGGAUUUAAUUCACAUGCUAUGAUAACAUCUUUAUGGAAGGUAUUCACAUUGUCAUUGUAUCUGUUUAUUGAUUUAUUGUUAUGUUGUUUUGAUGAAAAUUGUUUGUAAAAUAUGAAUAUAUCUUUAACAGUGAUGUGGGUAAUAAUAUGCAUCAAACAGAUCAGCAGCAUCUUGCUCAAAAGGUUGUGAAUUAAAAACAACUCCAUAAAUAAAA